UGAAAGGUAACAAACCCACCCCAAAUCAACCGAGAUAACUCUGUUUAACCAACUCAAGCUGCAGUUUUUGCACAAAUAGUUGAUAAAGAAAAGUUUAAAAAUGUCUUAUCCCAGUGCUUCCGCCUCCCAAUCGACAGGAACAUCUGAUUUGGACUCAGAAUCUGUAGAAGUUUUGAGGGAGCGGCUGAGCACCAUGAAGCGGCUGAUGGCCGAGAGGACAUCUCAGCAACAGAACAACCCGGCAACAACGGAGGAGAUAUUCUCCACCAAGCGCCACCGAUCUGCGGGCAUUAUUGACGGCAACUUUCUAAGCAUCGCCUUUGGAGGAGCCCUGCUAGUGAUUAUCACGGUUUCAGUGUACGCUUUCUACAAUCUUUACCAUGCAAUACUCAAGAAGUUCCCAUCGCGCCACGAGGAACUGUAAACGAUGCCAAAUUUGUUGGGUUUAUAUCCAUUUGAAAUGUACGAGUUUCUGCAUUUAAUAAUAAAUUGUAGCAUGAAUUUUAACUAUA